UCCUUCACUGCAGACGUUCGACUUGUUGGCGACGACUCGCGCGAAACGGCAUACACACAUGUGCGGCCGGUGAUUGUCUUCUUUCGUACUUCUUUUUUAAAUCCUCGUUCGCCUAUCCCUCGACGACCCAGCUCGUUCGGACAAGUGAUUCAAGUGCGUGAUUGCACGAGGAUGCGUCAUCGCCACUGCAUCGUGCCCUUGCUAAUCGUCCUCGUGGCGACCUUGCGACUUGGUGAGGCGGUAGUAUGUUACCAGUGCAACAGCGAAUACGACCCAAGAUGCGGCGAUCCCUUCGACCCGUACAGUCUUGGCACGGUCAACUGCAGCUUUCAACCACGCCUCGAGCACUUGGACGUCGAGCCUGUGCUCUGCCGGAAAAUCUCGCAAAAAGUGUACGGGAAAGACCGUGUGGUGCGUGGAUGCGGUUUCCUCGAGGAUGAAAAGACCGACAACAAAGCUUGCCUGUCGCGCAGCGGCACUCACGACGUGCGCGCCAAGUACUGCUCGUGCACCACGGAUUUGUGCAACUCAACGCCUGCGAGCACGGAGCCAGCGUCCAUCGGUCUUCUCACGCUUCUGGGCUUUGUCAUCGCGGGGCUCGAUCGCCUGCCAACGACACCCUAGGAACUCACCGCUAAUUGCUUUUUUAGUCCUCGAUGCCUCGGAUGGUCGAGCGAGUCUCUCAGCCGAUAAUCGAAAAGAAAAAUAGAUCGAUUUUCCGUCGGAGGGUCCAGCAAUCGCUGUGAGAGCGAGGCAACAAAGACGAGCUAAAAGGCAAAUCAAGCGCGCUGACAAAGUAGCAGAACAAGGCGAUUAAUAACGAACAAAGAAAGCUGCAGACGAGCGAACGAGUCAAUAGAAGCUAUACGCAACUCAAUGGCAGACGGUUAAUCAAUCUCGGCAAUAAAUGACGCGGACCUGAUGAAUAACCGCAUCCACUGCAAUUCUUUUAUCGUUUUCCUUGCCACCAUUCGGGAAUAUAACUCGCGCGGCUUUUUUUCUUGCCACGUAAACUGCCAAGUUAUUAACAAAAACAAACUACAGCCACGAAUCUUUGUUGAAUUUUUUGUUUGUUUUUCUUUUUUAUAGCGCCCAAAUGCCCUAAAAUGAUUUCGAAACAAGCGAGCAAGAACAACUUCCAUAUUCAAAUAGUAUUGAUAAGAAAGAAAACGAUGCACGCUGACCGUUACUUCUUGUAUUAUUAGUAAAAAGAAAAGAAACGUGACACGUCCUUUUACACACCGGCCUAUAAAUUAAUAAGCUUUAAAGGGGUGGGAUGGUAAAAAAAGGGAGAAUGGAUGAAGUGUGCUGAGGUGAAAGGUUUUUUUCUUGAAUAGAGCGAGUAUUUUCAAAGUACAACGGACGCCGAGAUCGAUUGUUUCGCGCGCUUAAAAUUUUAAUUAACGAUCUAAGGUACUAAAGUACUACGAUUAUAUAAUACGACGCGCUUUCGGAGUUACGAUAAUGUCAAAUAUAGAGCGUCUUCGUCUUCACUCAUUGAUGCGAUUUAUCGAAUAGAUCCGCAUGCCAAUUUUCGAAUCAGGAUAGUUGAUUUCUGUCAGUUCUGCUCAACUCCAAUUUCACUGAACACGUUUGACUCUCGCAUCUUGAUAAAGGCGUAGCUCCGACGAUAAUCAAGCGCAGGGAUAUAAAAGUUUAUAAAGUAAGUUUUAACGCUAGCGAAAACGAAUAAAAUAAGUAAAGAAAUGCGAGCCACCUUCACCUGCUGCUAACGUAGCUACUUGCAAAAAAUCUGAAGAAAUAAGAAACAAGCAAACAAAAAAAACAGAAAGUCACGAUUUUGAUGUGCGCGCGCGCAUAGUUCAUAUACUUAUAUACUACUAAAUAGCAAAGAAAUAGGCUUCAAGACUUAUUGAACCACGACGAAAAGCAAAAAAAAAACAAGCGACUAUUAAUAGAUUAAUCGAGCGCAGGGAUUUGCUACUACGAUUAGGAAUUUAUAUAGUAAAUGCGUAAACAUGAAUGGUGCGACUGCUCCGAGGAUUUGAAAUUGUAGUCAUGUUGUACUAAUAAACUCGCUUCGUUGAUGAUAAAUUCAACAGUUGUGACCCUCUUCAAGGGUAUAGUAUAUGAGAAUUAGAGAAAUAAUUAAAGAAUUAAACAAACGAACGAAGCAAUGAACUAUUGACAUAGAUUUAGUUUAAUCAAUCAAAAAGUAAAUAGAUAAAAGAUUUUUUUUUCUGAGAACGUGUAGAUAGCUGUGCAUAUACCUCGCAGUGGUCGUGCGCGAUUUCACAAAAAAAGAAAGUGAAUACGAUUGUCCUGGCGCUUUUGCCACGCUAAAGACGUAAGCUUCGCGAGAUUUUGACAAACAAACAAAAAUAAAUAAUCAAAUCCUGCCAGGAGAGCGAAGGAGGGAUUUUUCGAAGGUUUCUAUCGUCGUACACCUGCCGUCAUGCUUUGCAAGUUGAACGCUUCCUUUUCUUUUAUGAAGAUCUCUUGCAAAGCGACAGAAGCGAACUGUGUUCCAACGAGAAUGUGAGACGAAAUUAUAACUAGCCAGGCUAAAUUAAAGAGCAAUAUACACGCGGAUUUUUUGCCUCGAGUUUUACACAAAAAACUAAUGAAUCGCGCGUUUCACCAACUUUUCCGUACUCGAGUCUAUAUACAUAUGUUUCUCUCUAUCUUUCACUCUCGUUAAAUUAUAAGAUACGUUGUUGUCAAUCGAUUGGCUCGCAUUCUUUUGAUACACUCGUCGGCUGACGGAGUGUGAUGUGAAAAAGGUUUGAUAUUUUGUAUCCCGGAGGGUAUUUAUUGGAUAUGUACGAAACAAGAUUGCUACUUUGUCAUGAGUGAUCAUGUUGCACAGUAGAUUUUCAUCGAAAUCAUAGUUUGAUUUUGAACAUUUGGUUGCUCUCAUUUUUAAUUUAUUUUCUAAUCGAGCGCUACCUCUUUAGUUGAUGACAUUCAUAUAUGUAUACCUAUUUUUUCACAGCUUUCAGAACAUUCUAAAUGUCAACGAAACAUAUCAGAGUGUAAGUUUAAUGUAUUCUAUCGUAAGUGCAGUAAAAGUAUUUUUGUGCAAAGACGUGCAUAAUGAAGAAAGUUAAUUUAGAAUGCUUCUUUAAAGUUUAUUAAACUUUUCUGAAAAAAAAUCAAAAUGGAUUUGGCACAAAAAUACUUGUACUAAAGGAUCGUUUACCGUAAGCUUUUCAUUGUAAAACCAUUGCCUAUAUCUGCAUCGGCCUACUCAAUAAAACAAAAGUAUAGAAUAUAAAAAUACGACUGCUUCAGACUCAAAGAAAAAAGAAAAAUAAAUGUUAGGGUAUAUCACAUCGAAAACGAAGACAGGUAGAAGGUGAAACGAAUAAAUGGCGAAAAGAAGCGACAGACGACUACGUUUCUUUAUCGCUUGAAGUCAUUUUAACCGAUUGUAUCGAAAGAAUGUCCUAGUCGAAGUAAUGAUUGAUUAAUUUAUAAACUAUAUUACAUAUUGAUGCGAAUGAUAUUAUAUUGUACACACAGACACUCAUUGUAUAGAGAAUAUUAUUGUAUCAAUAAAGUGUUAAAUGGU